CUUGCAUUUUAUAGUAUCUUUAAGCAUAUUUUAUAUGAAUAAACAUAAUACAUGAAAUAUUAAAACAUAAUGAAAAAUAAUUGAAUUUUGACACGAAAGCGUCAUAGGAGUAUUUAAUAUUAAACAUGACACAUCUUCUAUACAAAAAGUAGCACAAUAAUGGAUGAUCAAAAAGCGAGAAAAACGCUCCGAUUAUGAAAAGUGCCGUUAGUAAAAUAGACCCGCGGAAUCGUGGGUCAAUAUUGCAUAGCCCUUCACCGCGUGGUUUUUAUAAUACAAGGUUGUGUCACUAAAGAAGCAGUUGAGAAUUAUGAUCAGUUAAAUGCAGCUUGCUCUAAGGGAUUAAUGGGGCACUAAGAUUCCAAAAAAAUGAAAACAAAGUCGGCAUCCUUGCUAAAAUAUAUAGACUACAAUUAUGAUCUAAAAAUUAAAGAAGAACCCCGUGAUCAAACUAACAUGUCAUUUGAUAGUGAACAAAAUGAUACAAAGUCGAUAACGCUACUUACAGGAUUUAUUCUGAAUCCUUGCGCUCAACUUGUUUCAAAAAAUAGGGCGGUUAAAGGACUUGAUCUAAAAAAAAAGGAAUUGAUUGAGCAAAAUACCGAUACAAAUACUGGGCCCCAAAUCAAUUAUCUCCAAACAGUUCAAGAUGAUAAAUUUAUGCCACAAAUUUCUGUUAAAAUUGGGAAUAAAAAGUUGCCUGGACAAGAACGCGAACAGUUGGCGCAAAAGGAUAUCGAGCAAAAAAUUAUAAAAGAGGAGUUUGAAAAAAGAGUUGAAACAUUUGAAGGUAAAGGAAAAGAACACAAAAAACGUGGAAAAUGGAGAAGAAACCCCUUUGCAUUAAUUGCAUCGGAAACAAGGAAAUAUGCACUUCGGGAAUCCGUGCGCUGUGAUCAAAAGAUAAAAGAAUCUCCUUUGAAAGACACUGAAAUAAAAUUUGAGUAUUCUAAACCGCUUGUUAAUACAGCUGUUAAGAACGAAUGGUCAGAUAAAUUACAUGAAAUUAAGCUGGAAUGUAGGAAUUCAGCAAUAGAUUCGGAAUCACACCGACUAUUCAAUUUUGACUCACUGCACAAUACUUACUUUGAUUCUCUUCCCCAAAUCGGCAAUGCAGUCGGAUCGCCGCUUAGUACAAAUGUUGAUUCGCAAGCUUGGCUGGCUAAGUUGGCUGAACAUCCAUGUACGCCAAUUAAAAUUGUAAAACGCAGCACGUCUAUAGAGACAUACUCAGCAGAAAAGCCUAAAUGGAAAUGUAAUAAGAAAACAGAGGGCAAGCAAAAUAAUUCAAACAAAAAUAAAUUGGCGAAAACCAACCAGAUAAAUAAAACAAAACCAAGGAGCAACUGUAGAACUAAGUCAAGCACUGAAUCCCAACAUAAUUAUUCUCAGAAAAGUAAAUUGGAGGCCAGAAAAAUAUGUAGAAAAAAGCCAAAGCGCAAACGGCGUCGCCGUAUAUUCGCGAAUGAUAAAGCUUAUUCUUGUCCCAUCACCAAUGAGAAAUUAAAACAAAGUACGUGCUCUGCUGAUGGCAGAAUGCAUUUACGUGAACGAAAAAAUAAAAUUUUGAGCAAUGGGCUUGGCACAUCGUUUCCGCAACCUUUGCUGGAGGAAAAACCGGAAAUUGUAACUCCACCUGCACCUAUACAAAUCAAGGCAAUUAAACCAUGUUUGGAUAUUAAUUGGGAAGGAACAAAAUCUUCUUCAAAACCUCUGCCAUUGGAGUAUCAAAAACGAAAUGCCAGCAAAAGUGAAUUAGAUUGCUUGCGAAAUGUGGACAAAUACUUUAAAAAUCAAUUUUUAUCACACACGAAUUAUAGCGAAGUUAAUGAGGCGAUUUCUAAUUUACAAAAAUCCGUAAAAACAGAAAUCGACUGCAACGGUUCUGAAAAGCUCAAAUCAUGCGCAAUGCUAGACAAUGCAGCUAAACUCAGUUAUGAUGUGUCUGUUCAACCAAGAGUACGUUUGAGGUCUAUGAAUGUUAAACGAAAAUUAAGUGCAUCGUCUUUGGAAACUCACAUUAAAAGAGAGAUGAUACCUAGAACAGUCGAAGUCACAGGUCUAGCGCAGCCUUGCAAAUUUCUCAAAUCGAUGAAUCCAAGAGUUUGCCUUAAGCGUUUACCUCCUCCUAAGAAUGUGGGAUGCUUGGAGCCAGAGAACUCGUGCCCCAUGACUAUCAAAACUGAAAGCAUAGCGAAAAUAGAAAACCAUGUAAAGACUCCAACUACAUCCACCACAUCGAACAAUAUUGAAGCAUCUUUAAAAGCCCAGUUAAAAAGCAGAGUUUGCCUGAAGCGUUUACCACCUUCUAAAUAUCGAUCAAAGCUACCUGAUACAUGUCACAUAAAUAUUAAGGCUGAAACUAUACCAGAGACCCAUGUCAUGGAUAAACCACUAAGCGCGGUGAAGAACUCCAAUGCAUAUAGUGGAACCAAGAUAACACCGAAAAGUAAGCGUGUCUUGGAUUUGGAGAACUGUAAAUUUUUGCAGUCACUGCAACCGCAAGUGCGCCUGAAGCGUUUAAAUUUUCAUGGCAGAUUUCUUCGUUCGACAGUGGCAAAACGUAUUACCGUAUCGGAUUCCAUACAGGUGCCCUCAAAUUUAAAGCCAUUAGUGCGUCUCAGGCGUCUAAAGCUUGUUGAUUUAAAAACGAAUCAUUAUUCAAAUAAUCAAAAAAUUGAAAAUAAUACCAAGCAGCUGAAGGUCGACUUAAAAGUCAAGCGCAAAUGCAAUUUUUACGAAAAGAAUGCAAGAUAUGCUUCAAGAAAACGUGAAAUGCACAAAAUACAUAUAAAAGAAGAAACACUAUCUCCAAAAAGGAAUGCUUUACCGAUUACACCAACAUCGCAAUUGCGCAUAGCGCAAGCGUUUAGCUUGCAGCCAAUAGUACGCGUUAAUCGAUUAACCAAGUUUAAACAAGUUGCAAGACGGCACUCGAACAGACAAUCAAGUGUGAAGUCUACGGAACUAGAAACACAAGUAAAAACGGAAGCCUUGGAUGCUAGUGAAGAAGAGUUGACACCUGUUUCCUUUGCCAAGCAAUACGAAGAGGAGGAUAGUGGUGUUCUUUUAGAUUCAACAGACAACGCUAAUACGUCAUUUCAUGAUGGCCAGCCUGAAAGUACAGCUGGGAGUGAGUCCCCGACGCAUACCAAGUUUGCGACAGAUGACAUUCUAUUGAAAAUUGCAUUCCAACGUGCAUGUAUAAAUGACUUGCUUCUGCGAAAUGGUUACUCAGCUGUACAAUUUCGCCUGUUUAAUAAAAUAGAGGAAUUAAAAAUAUUUUUGGACUACUUGCUGGCCAAGUAGUUAGAUAUAUUUAAGAUUUAUUGAUACAUUUUUUUAUAUUUUGCUAUUUUUCGACUUAUUGUUAAGGUAAAAGCUCCUAAUUUUUCAUAGUUAAGAUAGAAUAUCUUUUUAGUUUCAUUGUAAAGAUUUAAUUCAUGCAUUUUUACGGGCUACAUAAAUCCCUUCAAAACUUUU